AGCGUGCAGGGGAAAGGGGAGUUACGAGGAGAAGGAGAGGGCGCACACUGGGCCAGUUGUGCCGGUCACUCCCGCAGAGGCGAUGGCCUUUUUGUCAAGAGCUCUCCUUGUUUUCGCCCCGGACACCAUCUCGCAUUCACAGUCGUGACAGUGGCGCACAAAAGAGGAGAAAGAUGCGUUUUCAAAAGCGCCAUUCUUUGCCGGCUGGGCGGUGACCGCGAGCGCCCUGAGUGGAUCAUUGUGGAAAACUUGGAAGAGGAAGGAGAAGGGGAGAACACGCGGAUGAGUAGCGGGAUUUUCUAAACGUCUCGUCACCCGGCUCACGUUUUUUUUUUUUGGACGAGCUGCUCCAAGUUUUUACGCACCAACUUGCUAUUUAAAAAAAAAACGCAAGCGCGCGCCGUUAUUGUGGAUUUGUUUUGGCUCCGGGCAAUGUCGGACCGUGAUGGUCCGAUGAUGUGACGUCUCCAUCUCGGUGGUUCGAGAGGGAUAAACUUCUGGAUCUCUGGCGAUCUGAAGGAUGCCGGUUGAUCAACGGACAAACAUGGAGGAGAAACUGUGGAUAUUGGAGGACCUCAAUAUGAUGUACAUCCGGCAGAUUGCUCUCAGUUUGCAGGACAGCGACAUCCAAAGAAAAAUCGACCAUGAGAUCCGAAUGCGCGACGGGGCCUGCAAGCUGCUGGCCGCCUGCUCGCAGCGAGAUCAGGCCUUGGAGGCGGCCAAGAGCCUGCAGACGUGCAGCACCCGCAUCAUGGCCUACAUGUCCGAGUUGCAGAAGAUGAAGGAGGCGCAGGUCAUGCAGAAGGUGACGCGCAGGUCGUCCGACGCGGGGCCCACGGACGACAGACUACCGUGCAAAGGCAAAGUGGCCAUAUCGGAUCUCCGUAUACCGCUCAUGUGGAAGGACACCGAGUAUUUCAAGAACAAAGGAGAGCUCCAUCGCUGCGCAGUGUUUUGCCUCCUGCAGUUAGGAGGAGAGAUCUUCGACACGGACAUGGUGAUCGUGGACCGCACGCUCACGGACAUUUGCUUCGACAACACCAUUGUGUUCAGUGAAGCCGGCCCCGCUUUCGAGCUGCGCGUGGAGCUGUACAGCUGCUGCUCAGAGGACGACUUCUCGGCCGGGAGCACCCCCAGGAAGCUGGCCAGCAAGCUGAGCUCCUCCUUGGGUCGCUCGACUGGGAAGAAACUGCGGGCGGCCAUGGAGCCCGGGCCGUGCAGCCCAGUGAGCAAUGGAGGGGCCUCUCCUCUCCUGCUGCCCGUUCCUUCUGUGCCGGGGCCCAAGUACCACCUGCUGGCUCAUACCACCCUGUCGCUGUCACACGCCCAGGACAGUUUCCGUACGCACGACCUCACCAUCUCAGGCAACGAAGAGUGUUCAUACUGGCUGCCCCUCUAUGGAAGCGUGUGUUGCCGCCUCGCAGCCCAGCCUCAGUGUAUGACGCAGCAGAUGAUGAGUGGACCCUUGAAGGUGUCGCAGUCGGGAGGUGGACCACACAGCUGGACCAACGUGUAUGCAGUCCUGAAAGGAACCAGCCUCUCCUGCUAUCAACAACAAGAAGACAUACAGGAUAGCGUGGACCCGGCGUUCACCAUCGCCAUCAACAAGGAGACGAGGAUACGCGUGUCGGAGAAGGACGCUCAGGGCAAAGCUCAGAACGUUUGCAUCAGCAACCAGUACGGCGGCGAAGACGUCACGCACAUGCUCACCACAGACAGUCGAGAGGAGACGCACAGGUGGAUGGAGGCCUUCUGGCAACACUUCUACGACAUGAGUAAGUGGAAGCAGUGCUGCGAUGACUUGAUGAAAAUUGAACAGCCGUCACCACGGAAACCGGCCCCCGUCACGCCGAAGCAGGGCUCCCUUUACCACGAAAUGGUUAUUGAGUCUUCUGACGAGUUCGGCAGCAGCGUGUCCGACAUGUUGGCCCGGAGGAUGCAGGAGUUGGAGCUGCGCAGCCAGCUGGGCACCUCUCCCACCUGGAUGUCCCUCUUUGAGGAGAACCACCCCAAAAGCGUUGGCCUGCCUCAUCCGUGUGCCUCCCGCCUGGCGGGCCACGGCCCCCUCAACCCCCACCGCCUCUCGCGGAGCCCCGCCAGCCCCCCGCGAGCUCUCCUGUCCUCGGACGCCAGCCUGACGUCCGACAGCGACAGCCACUGCAGCACCAGCCCCUGCUCGCACCACCACGGCUGGCCCGACACUCCGCCCUUCUCCCUGUCUUCCCAAUCCCGCCUGAGGCCGCGCACACUCUCGCUGGACGCCAAGCUGAGCACGCUGCGGGGGAGGGGCUACACGGGAGGGGGCGCCUUCCACUGCCCCUGCCGGCCUCCCCCUUCGUCCCGCUCGCCGCUGUCCCAGCGCAGCACCCAGACCACGCUGUCCUGCUCCAGCUCCACCUCCAGCAGUAGCUCCAGCAAUAGCGAGGGCGGACAGAGCCCGGAGUUGUCCGAGUGCGCCGCCUUCUCACGACCCUCGCCGGCCAGACGCAGCCUCAGGAACCUCAAGGCCAGACUGGACCCCCGCAACUGGCUCCAAAGUCAGGUGUGACCUCAAGCCGAGGAGACUCUUCCGCGAGACUGGUGACAAUCUCUGGGAGCUACUGGCCCAUUUUGCGAGGUUUGGGGUCGUGCUGCUUGGGAGCACCUGUCGACCUUUCCCCAUUUCAAACUGGAGUUUACCUUUCACUCAUUUCUCCAUCCUGGCUUCACGAUCUUUUUCAUCUCUGUUCAUUCACUAGCAUUUUUGUUGUGACUGAAAAGUGUUUUUCUAACAAAAGUGUCUAGUAUGUAUGCCGUCAAUAUGAGUGAGCGUGUGAUGGAAUGCCUCGAAAGCAGUGGUGUCCAAACUACAGUCUGGGGGCCAUUUGAGGUCCAUGACGGAUGCUGACAUGAACAAAUACGGUACGUGUCAUUUACCUCAUUUGUAGAACAGUGGUGCCUUGAGAUAGAAGUGAUUUGACUAGAUUUUUUUUUACGAGCGAUUUAUGAUGGCAAUGAACUUAACAUGUUGAAGUUUAUUGGCAAACUAAACCUAAAAUAGAAUGCUAUACAUGUAUUUAAUACAACCACAUAGUUUUGCCUUAAUAAAGUCUGUUUAGCCUGGUGCAAACAAAAAAAUGCAAAACAUCAGAGACGAGCGAAUGAAUAGCUUCGCUGUUGCAGUAUAUUGGAUAUUUGAACACAAACGGUGAAGAAACACAUGCAGACAGAUGAUAAACAAUACUCACAGGCAAGUGUUCUUUGUUCUUGUGCAAAAAAAAGGCAAUAUUACAGCAGCAUAGUGCACUGCAAAUAAAAAUUGUGAGCUUUUUUGGGGAGGCGGAAACGGAAUAAUGCCAUUUCCAUUCAUUACAAUGAGUAAAGAUGAUUUGAGAUACAAGUGCUUUGUUCCAAACUUACCGGUAGAUACAGAAUGAAUAAAACUCAAUAUCUCAAGACACCAUUGUACCUUUUGUUUUCUAAACUUGCUGACAGAGCAACAGAAGAAGAAGAAAUUGGUUCCCACGUCACUAGCUACAAAAUGAACGAAGAUGAUUCAGGUACGGCAGCAACUUGCGUGAAUGCCAAUUGUUUGCUCCACUUUCUGCCCUGCAUUAAGGGCCAUCUUGGCACAGUGUGCGCUUGUAAUGGAAAUGUAUAUACAGUACAGUAAUAUAUAAAAGCAUUUUUUAAUUUCUUUAUUUAUCUUUACCCGCGCUGAUGGUUUGGUUUUAGCGCGUCGCAUAAACGGAAGGUGAAGAAUUAUCAAGGUGGACCUUGCAUCCUUUCAUUUUUCUGCAUGUGGCCCUUGGAAGAAAAUGUCUGGACACCCCUGCUCUUAAAGGGUCACUGUCUCUUGCCAGUACUGUGAUAUGUAACUGUUGAAGAAUAUUCACACACAAGAGCGAUCUGCUGUCACUCCGCUACACUGCACCAGGAGAUGUAGUUGCUAUUUUUAACUUGCGUGAUUUGGCUGACAUUUCAUUAGUUUCAGAUUUGAUAACAUGAAGCGGUUCAUCACUGGUCAUUACUGCGAUUGCUUCAAAGGGUUCAAAUGAUAAAUUCUGGCUAUUUACAGAAGGAGGAGUAGAGCCACACCAUAAAUUUGAACAUGCAUUUAUUCAAUAAAGUUAUAGUCAGAUGAUGAAAUAUCAAACCAACGGUUUUAUUUUUGUUCCCAACCCAGUCAACCAAAUAUUUAUAUGUAUAAUUUCUUUUAUUCAUCUGCAUGGAAAAAUUCCCUAACAAGGCAAAUUCCCUAUGGCACGUCACUGACCGUCAUUGUCAAAUGUUCCGUACGUAUAACUUGACCGUUAUAAUACUACCAUUCAGCUAGUAAUAAUAUUUUUGCUUCAUUCUCAUAUCAUAGAAAGUUCAUUUUUUUAUGAACUGAUGAGUUGCUGAAGUAAGAGUCUGAUUAGCUUCUUGUAGAAGAGCACGCCCCCCCCUCCCCCAUUCUCCCUUUGUUGUCACUUUGACGUGGGUCUCCUAAAAUGUCAAACUUGGAUUCAUUUUCAGUGUGGCUUUAACCAUCCUUGGUAAAGUAGAACAUGAACAUGCCCCUGUUUAACAGUUGAUAUAUAUAUUUUAUUUUUUUUCUCGGAAAUAUAAGACCAUGACGUAUAUUCAGUUUGAAAAAUAACAACAGUACCGGUAUGUCUGUUAGAUGUAAAAAUGUAGAAUGGCCUGGUUGCAUAAAUACUGUAUGAACAUCCAUCAACUAAUGCUUUAUCAAAGCAGCUCUGGUUUCAAUGUCCGUUUUGUACAGUUUAUCUGUCUCAUUUUUAUUUUGUUGUUGUUGUUGUUUUAUUUUUUAUUUUUAACCACAUCAAACAAAGUGAGUCUUUCAAUGGGGUAGUUCACUUCCCUUUUCCACGGAACAGUUUUGGCUGCAUCCAUUGUUGUCUGAACCGAGUGAAAAGCCAUAAAUGAUUCUCUUACUGUCCUUUUUAAAUGUGAAAAUACAUCCAUUCAUUAUAAACAACCAUAAACCUGGCUG